UGUUUGGGAAGCUGUUUACUGUUAAUUUCAGAACUGUGCAGAUCCCUUGUUGGUCAGACAAAUUAAGGGAUUCAAAAUGGCUGCUGGACUAACUAAGAAAUUCUUUAUUGCAUCAAUGUUAAUGUGGAUAGCUCCUCUUGCAAUUCUCUGUGCUUUUAACCAUAAUUUACUUCCUGGUGUGAUGAAUUUAUUUCCUCAUGCUAUGACACUGGUGAGCGGGUUCGUUGCUGUGAUAUCUGUCAAUAUAGUUAUCGUGUUCUAUAUUUAUAUGGCAAUGAAGGAACCUACCGAUAAGCACGAGCCAGACCUGAAGUUUCUCACUUAUGCAAAAGCUAGUGUGAACCAGUCAGCAGGAGAAGGUCCGACCUCUGUGGAAUCUGUAAAGAAGCACGAAUAGAAUAGCUGAAGCCCUGGUCUAGUCAUCACAGGGGGAGGAAUGGAGCACUGAGGUUAGAUUAUUUUGUUGUAUAUUUAGUUUCAUUGCUAUGUUUCCGUAUUAUUUUCGAGUUUCGAUUCGGAUUUCAGGAUUUUUUUUUACCUUGUUUUGACUUGCAUCUGAUGAGAUUAUACUGAUCGUUUGCAACAUUGAUUUCAUUAGCU